AUGAAUGAUAAUGGACUUCAUCCUUUGUUGACUUCUCUUGUGUCUUGUUAUUUCUAUAAAUUAAAUGACACUGAUUUACAGAAAAUAAAAGAAGAAGUUAAUAAAAGAAUUGAUGAUGGUAAUCAUGUAACUUAUUGGAGAGAAAUACGAGUAAAAAUUAGUGAAGAAAUUCAACGAAGAGAAUCAGUUAAGAACCAAAUCAAAUUAAACGAAAAAACUCCUUUUGAAAUUAUUUGUAAUGAACCACUAAAAAGAAUGCAACAAAUUGUUGAUAAAUAUACUUUUAUUAAUUCUAAAGAUAAAAGUCUAAUUCCACAAGUUCAUUGUCGAAUUAAUUUAAUUCAACCAAAAACAAGAUAUUCAACAGCAACUGUUUGUUAUUACUACUAUAAAAAAACAUCAUCUAUGACUAAUGAUUGA